UUUUCCCGAGUGCUUGUCCUUGGCUAAAUUCUUGUAUUCCUUCACUCAACCUUGCCUUGAUGCUCACCAACCACUACUAUUGUAAUGCCUUUUCUUUCCCUAGAACGAUAGGAAGACUCAGAAGUUCAGAUCAACAUAAACCCAAAAGGGGUGCUGCUUUUGUCUCGCGUGAUAUGAUGCUUGAUAGCCUAAAGAUUUGACAUUGGAACUAUAGAAAAAAGAAUGGAAAUCUGAUUCCUUAACCCGCUUUACACUGAACUUAGCCUCUCUUACUAUUGGUACUUAACCGGCAUAUCUCAUCGUAGGCCUUGGUAGGAGAGCUGGUUCUAUCAGUCCCUUCGUAAUGUGAAUUACAACCGGAUAUCCGGAGAUUAGAGAACAGUUCAUCCAUUCCUUGAAUCAGCCAAAGAUUCAAAAGAAGUGGUGUCUACCAAGCGCCUUUCUUUUCCUUUGAGCGGGUACCGCUCCGAGUUUCAAGCUCAACUCGAAAUAUCGUAAAAAGAAGAAUCUUACGCCCUUUCAUUUUAUUGGUUCUUCCUUAGCUUAGUAGCUUGGCUCUUUCUACUGGCGUGGCGCUGCUGGAUGCUUCUGAUCAAUAGAACAAGAAGAGGAGGAAAAAAAGCUUAUGAUGAGCAUCUAUUUGAGUCGAUCAUUUCCAAGAUCUAAUUCCAGUUUUUUCUUAUGUAGUGGAAAGGCCUUACAAUCUGAAGUUGUACGCUUAAGGGAAGAAAUGUUCUUGGUAGAUACAGGACUUGGGACCCCCAGAAUUUGUAUGCAAGAUGAGCUUACAGGAGUGAAAAUCAACCGAGCCACCAGGUUUGAGAAUACGGUGGAAUUACUCCAUCUAGUGGCCAGGGAAUCACUGAUCAAAAAGCGGAUUUUGGAGAGAUUCUUCAUCGAUCUAGUGGCCAGGGAAUCACGGAUCAAAGAGCGAGCAGCCGCCAGGUUUAAUGAUUUGGUGGGAUCCACAGAUCUAGUGGCUGGUGAACCCCUUCUUCUUCUUCCACGAAGAUUCAGACAAAAACGAGCUUGGAUUGAAAUCAACAAGAUUUGGCGAAAGAAUACAAAGGUCAAAGGCUUUAUUUUUAAGAAAAUAAAAGGAGGUUAUUCAGUAGCCAUCGCAGGGUUCUUUGCUUUUCUUCCAAGACGUCAUUUAAAAAAAAAAAGAAAUUGAAUAAUUAUCAAUUCAUCAUUGAGAGCAUUAACCCCAAAAAGAUGAGUAUGGUGGUGCUCUAACAGCGGCAGAUCAAACAAGAACUUGAUAUGAGCGAAAUCAGCUCACGAGAAAAAAAAAGAGCACUACUUUGAAGUACGAAGCCUAGCCUCUAGAGAUAACACUCUAUCACCUU